UUUAGUGUCACCAAAGUAACGAAGCCAAAGCCAAGCGUUGCCGUUAGCAGCUGUUUACCGCGUCGUCGCCAUUGUUGUUUGCUAUCUCACUCUUUCACCGCGUCUCACCUCCUCGCCUCUUUCCGCUUCCCUCCCUCCUGCUCCCAGUUUCGCUCGAUUGUCGUGGCUUACGGACGCAUUUCGUGUGGCGGAGAAAUAAUUUACGGUUUAAUUCUUUGUGCAAGAAAAAAAACUGGGCUCGAAGACAAACAAUUUACUGAUUACAUUUUCAACUCAAAAUUCCAACUUACUAUAAACUUGUGAAAUUAAUUCCAAGUGGUUGUUUCGUGUAGUGUGCGUUCGUUCAGUGAUUCCCGCAUAGUCGAUUGAGCAUGAAUAAUAAAGAAGUAACCGGUGAUAUUAUCGUGUGUCCACUGGAAGGAGAGGUCUGGUGAUCGAGCACAGUGUCCAGGUUGUGGGAUUCUUCGUGUGAUGAAUCUACGGUGACGGCUUGCCGCGGAGCGGUUGGAUGGCGGCUGUAAGUGGCCCCGCGCGGCACUCUCGCGUCUCCAUGAGUGUGUCCAUGUCGCUGAUGCAGGGCGGUACGCAGAGUGCGCCGCAGGGCGCCAUCCUGGCGGCGGCGGCGCCCUAUUACCAGACGCCGGCCAUCCCAACGGACGUUCAGCCCGACCGCCCCAUUGGCUACGGCGCCUUCGGUGUCGUAUGGGCAGUGACGGACCCGCGCGAUGGCCGGCGCGUCGCCCUCAAGAAGUUGCCCAACGUUUUCCAGUCGCUCGUUUCAUCAAAGCGCGUCUUCCGCGAGCUCAAGAUGCUCUGCUUCUUCAAACACGAAAAUGUACUAUCGGCACUAGACAUCCUCCAACCGCCUAGCCUCGAUUUCUUCCAAGAAAUAUAUGUAAUCACGGAGCUACUUCAGAGUGACCUACACAAGAUCAUCGUCUCGCCGCAACAUCUAUCCGCCGACCACAUCAAAGUCUUCCUCUACCAAAUACUAAGAGGUUUGAAAUACCUUCACUCAGCUCGAAUCCUUCACCGGGAUAUCAAACCGGGUAACUUGCUGGUGAACAGCAACUGUGUGCUGAAGAUAUGCGACUUCGGACUGGCGCGCGUCGAGGAACCUGAUGCUAGCAAGAACAUGACGCAAGAGGUCGUUACACAGUACUACAGAGCUCCUGAGAUUUUAAUGGGCGCGAAUCACUAUACAGCGGCUGUAGAUGUAUGGUCAGUGGGCUGCAUAUUCGGAGAGUUGCUCGGCAGGCGUAUACUCUUCCAGGCUCAAAGCCCUGUGCAACAGCUGGAACUGAUCACGGAGUUACUGGGCACGCCGUCGCUGGAGGACAUGCGGCACGCGUGUGCGGGCGCGCGCGCUCACAUGCUGCGUCGCGCGCCGCGCCCGCCCGCACUCGCAGCUCUCUACACGCUCUCCGUACAGGCUACACACGAGGCUGUGCAUCUACUCGCACAGAUGCUGGUGUUCGACCCGACGAAGCGUAUCUCCGUGGUGGACGCGCUGGCUCAUCCGUACCUUGAGGAAGGUCGGCUUCGCUACCACUCGUGUAUGUGCAAGUGCUGCUAUAGCGCGCCGCCCGCCGCUCGCCACUACUCCCCCGACCUGGAGCCCGUCGCCACGCAUCCCUUCCACGACGCCUGGGAGAGGAAGCUCACCUCCGUGCACCAGGUCAAAGAGGAGAUCCACAAGUUCAUAGCUGAACAGCUGCAAACGUCGCGGGUGCCGCUUUGCAUCAACCCGCAGUCCGCGGCGUUCAAGAGCUUCGCAAGCUCGACCGUGGCGCACCCGUCGGAGCUGCCCGUCGCCGCACCAGUGGGAAUGACGCGAGACCAAGCGCGGCUUCGACAAGCGGCGCGCCGUCUACGCCGACACGCGGUAAUCUCCGCGCCGUAUUACAAUACAACGCUACCACUACGAUGCGGCUAUCCACAAAUCCACCUCGUCCCAAUAUAAUUACGUUACGCAUAACUCUUUGCAGAUAGAUUUCGUUUAGAUUUGUUGUUAAAAUAAGAAGUUGAAGAUGGUUUUAUGUGAAUUUGAGAAAUUAAUGCAAUUAAUUGGACAUGCGUUGGAAUACCGUCAGAAUUGAAUCGGUAUUCUGGUAAAUAAAAUUAGUUAAUUUUGAAUUUUUAUUUGUACGCUUAGUACAGUUUUUUUAUUUAUUUGCAUUUAACCAACUUUAAGUAUGUUCUAUCUAAUAAAAAUGGCAAUGAAAUUGGACUACUGAAUAAAAAGCAAUGCAAGAUUAUCUCUUUAGUCACCGUCUGAUUGGAUGUACAGUUAAUGUUAGAAUUUAUCGUUUUUACAAUUUUGAAAUGCUUUGACCAGUAAACAUUUGCGUGUAUAAGAUGAAAUAAACCAGAAAAUUAUAACGUGGGGAAUAAUGUGUUCUUUCUAAGAUAUUGUAACGCAUGAGCUGUGGUCAUAUAUUUUGUGUUGUCGACAGUUAUGCUCAUAUCUAGAGUCAUAAAUAAAAAUAAACUGAUUUGUUUGUACCAUGUAUAAACUAAUAUAACACAGUAGGUAUAAUUUCAUGAGUUAGUAAUAAGGUAAAACAGUUUUCCUUAUCGAUACGCAAAUGUUUACUAGUAAUUGCGUUAAUAUUGUAUACGUUGGAACAAACGACAAAUAAUAGGAAACUUUAUUGUAAUAAUUAUGUACCUGGUUUCAAUUUAAUAUGUUUCAGUUAUAUAUUUAUUUUAUAGACAAAUAAUUGUAAUAUGAAAUUGAACCGAAUUUGUAUUGUUAACCUAAUGCAAAUAUGAUGUAAGACAUUGUUGUCAGUAAUGGUCGUAGGAGUGAAUGGCGGGCUCUCUUGUAGUCAUUAGAAUUAAUUUGCAGUCACAUACUGCUAUCUCGGUCUUAUCUCUAGUUAAUGAAAGAGAUUGAACUAUACCACUGACACAUCUUACUGACAAUGGAGUUGAUACAUGCUAAAGUAACAAUUAAAAGUAAAUUUGCAAAAAUACAUGAUUACAUCAUUUUUUCAACAGAAGAGAAAGUAAGACGCACUGUUUUGUACUGAUUUCUGAUAAGACAUGACUCGUUUACUAUUUAAAUUAAAAUUUAAAACCAUUAAGUAAGUAAAAUUGUACCUCAUUUUGAUAAUAUCGUAGAAAAUUCAUUUCUUUAACGCUCAAGAAUAAAUGCAUUUAUGUAUAUAUUGGUCGCUUUUGAAUGAACAAAAUUAAGGAACUUACUUCUAUAAUAAAUGUAGAGUCGGCAAUAAAAGUGGUGAUCACAAGUUAUAAAGUAUCUUAUUAAAGAGGCAUCGGACAUUGAUAUAAUGUUCGAUGCUUGUGUGAUUCACGGCCUGAGAAUUGUAUCGUUUAUCGAUCAUCGGUGAUCAUCCACUUUGAGUUUGACUGUAAAAAGCGUGAACGAUGCUAAAGGUUUCAGGUUUUCUCGUAGCAUAUCGUAGCGAAUGUGUAGUCGGUUCGGUUCGUUGUGAAUAGUUUGAUAGAAGUGUAGAAUUGGAUCUGUAACGGUUUAAUAUGACGAACAAUUGCCGCGAGCAACAAAGAAAUAUACAACGAAAACGAGUCGCUUUCUGCGAUUUUUUUGUAUCAAAGUCAGAAAGAGAUGGUAUAGCGCCAUUUAGUGCGCAAGAAUGAGACGUAAAUACGAAGCGAGGUAUAAUGUAUUACCGAGGACAGUGCCGCUUCACGUAGAAUUAGGUUAUUUUCAUUAUAUUUCUAUUCCAUUAUUAUACAAUAUGUAUGUGUAGGUGUCAGUGUGUGCCUGAUUGUGUUUCGUACGGGGUUGCAAGCAAUAAUCGUUGCAAUACAAUAAAGCGUAAUAAUUAUGGAAUUUCAUUUUAUGUAAUGACUUAUUGAAUAUAUUGAUUCCUUUUGAUUCUCUUAUUCGCUAUUGUAGGUUGCAUGCACACGUCGGUCCUGUACUUAACGUUGACGGCGGGAAGUUGCGAAUCGCUGCCGCGACGUUUGCACGCAGCCUAAGAUCCUCUUAGUUAACAAUUGCAAUUGAACUGAAUUUUUAUCAAUUUAUAUAAGAUACUAUUAUAAUUUUUGUUCAAUAGUUAUGCUAGAUGUUUUAUUAGACUUGUAAGACCUUACAUAUGACAAUCUGAUGGAAAGUGGUAACUGUUUAAAGACAUGAAUGGCUUCAAGAGUUCAGAAUACUCUGACGCCAAUGGUAUUGAUACGUGUUGCUUGCCUUAGUACUCAGUGAUGUCAUGAAAAACGGUAAUGUCCAUAUUGAGGCAAAGUCGUUAUUCUAUAUACCGGUAUGAACUAAAUUUACAAUAGAUAACAAACUUUAAAUUUGUUUCUAUUGGGUAUAUGGAAUAAUACUUUAUUUCUGCUCUCAAAUUGUAGUUUUAGAGAUAUGUUUAGAGAAUAUCAGAUUCUACUUUAAUGUUUUAUAUAAAUUGAUAAUAAUGAAAACAAAACAAUUAGGGACGAAUCAGAACAUUGCAGUUAUUAGCAAGGAGGGCACUUAAUGACGUCACAAUACUAUCCCGGCAUUGUAAGCGACUUGUCAUUUAAAUUUGGACUUUAAACAUAAGUCACUUAAAUUACAAGUCAAUUGCGAUUCUGGAAAGGUAUUAAUAUGUUGAGUGGCGUAUUUUAUAUGUAACAUAGUACUGUUUAAGCUUACUCCUUAACACCAUUGUAUGUAACAUCGACUGAACAUUUUUACGUAGUUAGGAUAGAUAGUGUUAGUAUUAAAUAAAUAAAAAAAAACUAAUCAAAUCAGCGAUGAUCAUAAAUGAUAAAUAAUUAUUAAAUGUAUGAGUAAUAUUCACACAUACUAUAAUUGCAGUAGUGAGAUAUUGUAUAGAAAAUGUGUUGUAAAUGUAACAGAUACGUGUGUAUUUCAAGCAUUUAAUAGUUUAUUAGAGGUUUGUAAGGGAAAUGGUGUGUUAGUGCGCGUGAUUGUGUAAUUAUUUUUAUUGGCGAUUUAAAAAAAAACAACUAUAUGUUCCAAAUUGGUGUUUAAUUGUGUUAAUGUAGUAUUGAUCCUGUAUUAUCACGCUGCUAACCAUAAUAAUUAGAAUAGGACAACUCGAUGUAAGUUUGAAGAGACGUCGUAGCCUUAAAACUAGUUCAAAACUAUAUAAAUGAUAAAAAUAAAAAAAAUGUAAAUAAAUAAAUAAAUGCAUAGUGUUAAUGUUAGGUUCUAGAAUGGUAUGGGAAGUAAGCCGUUGUAGAAAGCUCACAUAUUAGGACAGACCUCUCCUUGUACCAAUGCGUGGAAUCGUGUUCAGAAAUUAAAGUACGCUCUUAGAUUCGAACUUUCUAAUUAGUCAUAUACUACCAAAUGAACGUUAGUCUAAUACAAAGAUUAAAACACUUACCAUAAUUGUGGUGACAUAAAGAAUAUAAAUAAUUUAAUAGUCAGUCGUAUAUAUUUACAAUAUGAUAUCUUUUAUUUUGAUUGUACUCAAUUUCAUUUCUGAAUUCACCACAUAAUUUCAUCGAGCAGAAAAAAUAAGAGCGUAGACAUUUUACGUAGGUACUUGUUUUACUAAUUUUUACAUUAUGAACGUGCAGCAAGUCGGUUGCCGUCGUUAUAAAAAUGUUAGCGAAACCGCGAUUACUUUAAUAUUUGUUUUUUUUUAUGUCAUUUGAGUCAUUUGAAUAAAGUUUGAAUAUGUCGUAUAUUCAAUUGGUACGUAAGUACGAUUUCCAAGCAGUGGUACAAGCGAGAGACUAUCAAUGGUACAAAGGAGGCGAGUCACCGUCACACGUUAUUUCGUCCACCCACGUGUCUGCAGAGCGGUUCAUUGACCAACAAUUAAAUUAUUUUUACUUCGGAGUGUAAUCAAUACUACAAAGUGCUAUUGUUUCAUAUUUUAUUGAUCAUAUUAUCUCAUAUUUUUAAGUAUCAUAUGUGGAUAUAGGGAUUGGUCCAUGUUACCGUUUUACAUACACGUGAGUUUAUAACUGACAAAUAAAUGAAAUUAUUUAUCUGUACGUUGUCACUGAAUAUUCGUUUAUCAAAAGUGAUGCGGGUAAAUACGAGUUUUUAUAUCAAUGGUAUUUACUUGAUCUUAUUUUGAUAACAGUAUAUUUAUCUUUGAAAUUUUCCCAAUAGUUUUGAAAAUUAAAUUGUGGUACAAUUAUUCCAUAAAAUAUUACAAUUAAAUAUUACAUUUUUUUUGCGAUAAUUUGAGAUAAUACUGCAGUUCUAUAAUUUAUAUGUUUAUUGUUGGUUAGGACGCGACGCUGGCGGGGCCGCGACAGACCCACCUUGCCUUAUCUCAAUUAACUGUUACUGUGAUCCGCUAGGCAUAAUUAUUGGACCCGUACAUCCCCGUUGAUCCGGUCGCCUGUACAUAGAUAACACCGUUAGAUAAUUUUACAAGUCCGCUAACAGACGCUUAUUAUCGUAACCCCUGAUGGUUUCAUGUCCUCCGAUUAAUUAAUACGAUUGGAUGUUUGUAAAUAGAAUUAUUGUAAGUAGAUGCAGUAUUCAGCGAUUAUAAAUAAUGUCGGAGUGACGGCGGGCUUUACAUAGGAAAAGACGUACCGAUAUGACUGGGCUAAACGCACGUGGCACGCGGUACUAUUUGAACGGCUGUAAUCGCAUUUAGAUUUAUAUCUAUGCAUUAAGCAGUAUGUAGUACUGUUCAGAUUGAGCGCUCUGUAUGUUUAAUACCGCGGGAAUAAUGAUCUCAAAAGGCAGUGGUUGUAAUUUGCUGGAAGGAUACCAAGUGUACUUUACCGAUUGAUUUUAAAGUAGUAAAAGCGAGUGAUUUUAUACGUUUUUUAUCAUCACAAAACUAAAACUAGAUAAUAAGUGUAUAUCAACUAUCUAGUUUCAUAGUGAAAGUGAAAUAUCCAAUUUGUUUUUUAUAGCAUAUAAAUAGCUAAUCAGAUGCUAAGAUAAAUUCUUUUAAAUAUCCAUAUAUAAUUUUAAAUGGAAUAUAUCUGAUAAUAGAGUUCAUAGAGAAACAGAUAAUUCCAAUUGUGUUUGUUUAUAUGGUAUAUUUAUUGGCAGUAUUUAAAAUUUAAUAUAUAAUUUUUGUAGAGUACAAGUGUUUUCAUGUAUAGAGAUGCUUAUAUAUUUAUUAUCAUUUUUUAAAAGUCUAUAGUCCAUUUCUGAAGAGUUUUAUUCUUUAUAAUGUAAGAACCUUCAGGAAAGUUAAAUCUCAAAUAUAUAAAUACUGCAGCACAGCGAUAAACAGAUCUUACCUUAUCAGUCUUUGUGCUAUUAAACUUAUCAACUGGGAAAAAUUACUGAAGCGAAAAUUUUUAUUUUGAAUUUUAUUGUUAGCUAGACGAAGCGCUCAAUCCGCUCAAUCCGCUCAUGUCGCUCGCAUAGCUCCAGUGCUGCCUCGCCUAUUGCGUGCACGCUUUUAUUUAUGUAAAUGGUACGUGUUGCGUUUCCAGCCUUUCAGAGAUCUCGUAUAUAUUUAAGUUUAAGUACAUGUCUGUUCCCUACACACAACUUCUUUAGUUUUAAUAUGUCGAUAUUGUAUUUGCGUUCGACAGACGGCCAGUCGCCAAUAUUCACCUUAGCUAUAAGUUGACGGCAUUAGCGUUCAUUGGACACGUAAAAUUUGUCCCAUUUUAUUUGUAAAUAUAAUGUUAGAAUGUGAUAAGACUUUUAGUUUCAAUAUUAACCUUAGUGUCUGCUACUUAGUUUGUGUUCAUCGUAAUCCUCUCACUAUAGUUUUGUAUUAUAAUUUACAUGAUAUACAAAAAGUAAAAAAAAAAUACAAGAAAAUAUGGAAUAGUAAAUUGUAUUAUUCGUAUAGAUUUACGACAAUGAUUUAAUUUUAGUAUUACCAGUCGUUUUGUAUAUAAUAUUUAGAUAUUUUGUGCACUGAUAGUCUCCUUUUAAGUUACUCUUAGAUAUUAAUUAAAUGGCUGUAUUGUGUUUCGUUAUGUAAACGCCUAAGACACAACGUUCAUAAGACUUAGUAGUUGGAAUGUUUGCUUUGCGAACUCUAUCGAUUUCCUAUGUAUAAAAUGGGUUUAGUUUAAUUUCUCGACCAGGCGUCGACGCGCAACGCCGCGUUGCGCACUAGUAUUGUGAUUUAUUUGGUCGAGACACUCGCGGACCGGACACAUUAAUCUAAGUGUAAAUAUAAUGAUACGUGUUUCUGUCGUGUACCUACGGAGUUAGUUGCAUUUUACCAUUGUUGCGAACUGCCAAAACUAUUGUAAUAAUUUUGUAGCGUUAUGUACGACGCGACCACAUUGUGAGGAUACAAUCUGUCAUAUAGAGCCCAUUACAUUAUCAAAUGUAUAGAAUUAUAAUGAAAUUAAUUUGUUUGUUUAUGCACUUUAAUGUCAUAUAGUUUUGUUCUACCUUGUAUAAUAUAGGUAUAUUCAAAUCAAUUCGUGUAAUCUUUAUAUCUAUAUUUAUGUCUCUAAAAAUGGAUAUAAGAUUCUGCAUAUUUGAUAACGUAAUAGACCCUCAUCAAUAUACAAUCACACCGCGUCUCGAGUCUAUGAGUAACGUAUCUUUGGAAUUUGGCGAAAAAUCGCGUAUUUACCAGACGACAAAUAUUAGAUCACGCACUUGUAUAUCGCAUCACGCACUCGAAAUUAGAAUAGGAAUGUCAUGACUGGGAUCUAUGUACUGUUAUUUAAAAAAAAAUUAAGUACUAUUGGUACUAUAACAAUUUUUUUUCUAGGAAUAUACAAGUACUUUUAAAUUGUCAUUAUUGUAAUUAUACCGUUGGUUUUCAGUAUUUAGAUAUACAUAUGGGAAUUUGGAGGAAACUCGACUGCGAGCAAUUGUGCUCCUUAUAUAUUAUAUGACACGGUAUAAUAUGGCUUAAGGAUAUUCCUAUUCUUAAUAUGUUUUUUAGAGUGUUGAUGAUACUACAAGAUACUAACACGUUACUUAAAUUAAAUUCACUCGAGCAUUUGUCAUCUAGUUAACAUGUGAUUUGUGUUUGUCGGUACUCCACCAAACUGUACUAAAGUUGAAGAAACUUAUUUUUAUAACUGUGAUCUGUUUGCCUUAGUCUUGUUUGCCGAAUUUAAAGGUACGCUAACUCACUUAUUAAAUAUAUGUAAGAGUGACAGUUUGUAAACUUGUUCGUGUAGUUGGUUGUACGUAGGGCGCGCGUGAGGCGGCGUAGCGGUCGCUAAACGCCACAAUGUAACAAUAAAACUACUGCAUAAUUA